CUCCAGCCCAAAGGCUAAACUAAGAGACAAUCGAGACCAUAGCCCAGGGGCCUGACCACGAGUGCAUAGCUGAUUUUUUUUUUGUAAUUCAUCCUUUAGCCCUGAGGAUAUUGGGGACAUUGGAGUGCUACUCUUUCUCUCCCGUCAGGCAUCAUCCACGAUGGACGUGUCGACGAGAAACGGCGCCGUCGCGGCCACAGCCGUCUUCACGGCCCUGCAGAUUGCCGCGACGGGCUGGUGCCUGUGGCUCAAGUCGUCUCGAGCGGCCGGGUACCUACGAUUCCUCGCCAUCCUCCCGUUUGCCCUGUACGGGGGCUUCUCGAUCCAAAUGUCGUUCAAGCAGAGAUAUGGCCCCAACGGGGCGACUUCGCGGCUCGGGCCGGUUUGGCUGAGCCAGGGCAUCCAUGGGCUUGCGGGCAUUCUUCUGGUGCCGUGGGCCAUUAUCGGCGUCUACGUCGUCCAAAAGUCGAGGAAGCGGCAGCUGUCCAGCUCGGCGUACGACUGGGACGAGCGACGACCAAGCAGCAGCAGCUUCUACCUUGCGCUGGUGGACGCCUGCUUCGCCGCCGCCAUCAUCACCGCCACCGUGUUCGGCGCCCGCUUCACGCCGUGGGACUACAGCCGCUGCGACCGGUACCGCGUCUAUAAUACCUGGCCGCUCAAGGGGGCCGGCAGAAUCGACAACUGCCGGCAGAUGCUGACGUCCCAGAUCAUGGCCGUCCUGGUCUUGUUGGUUCUAUGCGCCCAAUUCGUCCUCAUCGUACCUGUCAUCGCCCUCCCCAGCGCCUUCCGCGCACCCAUAUUCUAUCUCUGCCGCGCGCUCCGCUUCCGGCGGACCAAAUAUCACCAGCAGCAGCCGCCGGGGUGGCACGCUUCCGAAAAGACGCCCCUGGCUCUAUCGGAGAAGCCGUCACUCGAGACGGUGUUUCGAGACGACGCCAUCGCCACGUCGCUAGCAAGAUACCUGCAUUUCGAUGACGUGACCAGCGUUUCGCGGACAUCCAGGGCCAUGAGGAGGGCCGUCUUUACCCCCAUGCCUGAUGCUCGAACUAUCCGCCUCGACAUGCUCUGCGAAGCGACCUGCAGCGAUACUGGCACUCCCAAGGGGGAAUGCUGGGCCUGCGCCAAGAUCAUCUGCGAGGGCUGCCACUCCCCUCGCUCUCGCCUGCCGGAGCCACGCACCGUGUCCCAUCUCACAAAGUGCCACGCCCUCUGCACGCGCUGCUACAUCCGCAGGCCGAGCGCGUACCCCGCCCCGUUCGUCGGCUCGUGGAACCCGGACGACCUGUCGUCGCAGCAUGCAGCGGCGUGCAAGAUCAGGACGAAGACGCUGCUCGUGGGGCCGGUAUCUAUAUGCCCGUCAUGCGCGAAGCUCACCGACCAGGAGGUCGUCCGCGUAAGAGAGGAGCGCGACGCGGCAAGCAUGAGGAUGGCCCUGAUGAGGCGGAUGCGGUGUCGGCGGUGUGAGAGGGCGUUGCCGCGGGGGCGCCGGAGGUGGUGGGUGUGCGGUGUCGACUACCACGAGUGCCACUGGGCAGGGCAUGAGGCGCCCUGA